CAGAGUCCUUUCUGCACCAGCUCUGCUGCGAACUGCCGAUCCUGCGGUGGGGAGCUUUGCACGGGUGGUGGGGGUUCUCCAUCUACGACCCCAACAGUGCCGACGACACUCUCGUCGACGAUCGCAGCCACGACGACCAGCGAAGGCACAACGUCUGCUGGACCCGCUCCAGGCGAUGCAGAGUGCUGCUAUCCGGACUGCGCCGAUUCUCAGAGGGUUUGCAACACAGAGGAGCAGAGUCCGUUCUGCACCAGCUCUGCCGCGAACUGCCGAUCAUGCGGCGGGGAGCUCUGCACGGGCGGCCGCCGAGACAUCUUGCCAUAG